CUUCUGCUUCUUCUUCAUUCCCCCCACGUCCUGCAGUGAAGGCAGAAUCCAUUUCAGCUCUCACACAGCGUGUCCUAUCUCCUCUCUCAUCACUUAGUCGUGCGUUGCAGUUUUUAAUGCAUUUUUCUGGGAUUUUAAACAAUUAAUUAAGUUGGUGCAGCCCGUGACGCGAGCAGAAUGGGAUGCGCUGCCCCGAAAAAUGCGCAGCUCUUCAGACGUGCUUGUGUUGCAUGACGCUCUCCCCUCUCUCUCUUUCUCUCUCUCUGCCUCUCUCUCUCUCUUUCUCGCUGCCUCUCUCUCUCUCUCCAUCUCUCUCUCUCUUGCCUUCUCUCUUCUAGCUUUGUAAAGGUGACCGGGUUGCUACAAUCUGCGCUCAUUAUUUACCGUCCUCACAUUCAGCGGUGGAGAGACGGCCCUGACGCAGAUCUGCUCCGGACCCUUUUUGUGACUGCUGGAAUAAAGCUGCCGGAGCGGGGGGUGGGUGGGGGGUCUGUGUAUUGACAUGUGAAGUGCUGGGUGACGUUUCAUGCGCAAACCUUCACUCCUCAGGUGAAGCCUCCACACCUUUGGCUGUUUUUUUUUUUUUUACCCCCCCCCCCCCCCCCCCCCCCCCCACUCACCGCGGCUUCAUUUGCAUCCAGAUUCGUCUUUGCUCACCUCGCGGCUGACGCUUGGAUGUUGGUAAAACGACGCGCAUGCGUUGCUCUUGGAAUAAUUUUGCAGCCUAAGUUGCAUCCCUGAGAUCUGUGUGUGUCAAAGUCGCUGGCAGGAUCAGGAGUUAGUGAUGUGGAGGACUCUGGACCACGGGCGCUGGGGGGUCUACUGCUUGUCCCUGCUGGCGACUGUGGUGUGCGGGGCUCAGAGUGCCAACGAGCCCAACAACAUGUCAUAUGUGAAAGCCACCGUGGACAAGGUGCUGGAUGGCUAUGACAUCCGUCUGAGGCCUGAUUUUGGAGGCCCCCCUGUGGAUGUUGGCAUGAGCAUAGACAUCGCCAGCAUUGACAUGGUGUCUGAAGUCAACAUGGACUACACCAUCACCAUGUACUUCCAGCAGUCCUGGAGAGACAAGCGCCUCUCCUACACCGGUAUCCCUCUCAACCUUACCCUGGACAACCGGGUAGCAGACCAGCUGUGGGUCCCUGACACAUACUUCAUCAAUGACAAGAAGUCCUUCGUCCAUGGAGUGACCGUGAAAAACCGAAUGAUCAGACUGCACCCUGAUGGAACUGUGCUCUAUGGUCUCAGGAUCACAACAACAGCCGCCUGCAUGAUGGACCUGCGCAGAUACCCGCUGGACGAGCAGAACUGCACCCUGGAAAUAGAGAGCUACGGCUACACCACUGAUGACAUCGAGUUCUACUGGCAGGGAGGGUCUACCGCUGGCUCGGUCACCGGGGUGGAGAACAUAGAACUGCCUCAGUUCUCCAUUAUAGACUACCAGACCCUCUCCAAGAAAGCUGUAUUUGCUACCGGUUCUUACCCUCGUCUGUCUCUGAGCUUUAAGCUGAAGAGGAACAUCGGAUAUUUCAUCCUGCAAACCUACAUGCCCUCCACCCUGAUCACCAUCCUGUCCUGGGUCUCCUUCUGGAUCAAUUAUGAUGCCUCGGCUGCCAGAGUCGCCUUGGGUAUAACCACGGUGCUGACCAUGACCACCAUCAAUACCCACCUUAGGGAGACUCUACCCAAGAUCCCCUAUGUCAAGGCCAUUGACAUUUACCUGAUGGGUUGCUUUGUCUUCGUCUUUCUGGCGUUGUUGGAGUACGCCUUCGUCAACUACAUCUUUUUUGGGCGAGGUCCGCACCUGCAGAAGAAGGUGGCGGAGAAAGCUGCCAAGACCAACAACGAGAAUAAGAGCCGACUGGAGAGCAACAAAGUGCAGGUUGAUGCUCAUGGUAACAUCCUACUGACCAACCUAACCAGUGACAUGAGCGGAGCAGAAAUGAUGGGCGCUCUCAACGACCCCCGGGCCACCAUGUUCUCCUACGACAGCGCCAGCAUACAGUAUCGCAAGCCCAUGACCAGUCGAGACCUGUACGGACGACCGGCCAUCGACCGGCCGAUGGGCCACAAGAAGGGCCGGUUGCGAAGGAGGGCCUCGCAGCUAAAAGUCAAGAUCCCGGACCUCACGGAUGUCAACGCCAUAGACAAGUGGUCCCGUGUCGUCUUUCCUAUCGCUUUCACCUUCUUCAACCUCGUCUACUGGCUUUACUACGUCCACUAGAGAGGGGAAAGAAAGCCUGUAUGGCAGCACUGCUGCUCAUUGUGGGUUUUAAAGCUACCUAGGUCUUGUACAGGGAUGACUAUAGAGGAGCAUUCACUCCAUUUGUAUAAAUCCGGUUUUGGAAUGAGUAGAACUGGAUAUCUUUUCAAUGUAAAUACAAUUGAAUAUAUAUAAUAUAUAUAUAAUACAUACAGAGGUAUAAUUUAUUAAAAAUCACUUUUGCUGUACUUAUCCACACAGAAUAGAUAUAGAUAAAAUAUUAUAAGGAUUUUAAGACACAGUAAAGGUUCACAGCUAUGUCCAAACUUGCCAAACAGACUUUGGUGACUCCAACAUAACCGGCAAUGAUCUUUGAUAUGGUCUGUUUCUUUAUCUUUACCUUCUGUUAUCUCACUUUUUGCAUGUGAAUGAAAACACACAUUUUAUUUGCUUAUAGGUAAUACAAAAAAGAAAAGAAAAUGAAGCCCAGUACAGAACAAGAAGAUAACUAAUAAUAAUAAAACAUUUUUUUACAAGAUCUUGAGAUUAGAGCUCAUUCAGCCAAUAAGCAAAAGCCGUACGGUUCAGUUCCAUCGUAAUGAAGAAGUCCUUCUUUGCUUUAAGCGUCGGUAUGUAUCAUUGUGCUGAAAUCCUUUUGCACUGUUAUACAAACUCAGUUUUCUUUCUUUUCCUUCAAAAAGAAAAGAGAAGCUUUGCAUGGCUCCCUGGGCCCCUCUGUAUUAUAUUCAUUAUACGGUAUGCUUUUAAACAGUCAUUGCAUUUAAGGUCAGAACAGGGCCAGUGUUAAUCGGAACUCCACUCAAGUAGUCAAAUUUGUACCUGUGGUAUUUCACAACAUCUGUGACAAUGUACACUGUUAAUUAAAAAAUGAUUUAAAAUAAAUCAGGUAAAGAAUGACCAAUGAUGUCACCACAUGUUCAGACUCACAUCCACAAAUUUAAGCCCUGAUAAAACACGCUGCUGGGGUUGAAACUCCGGGUGUAACAGGCUACUAUAAUGAACAGUUUUGUCCAGAACUUGAAAUUAUUCUUCCCCUUGCACAGAGCUUUAUCUCACCUUUAUUUGUUAUAUAGCCAGGGGCGUGUCCAGGCUUGUCUGACUAGGGGGGCCCAACUGGGGCACAGACUUAUGCAGGGGUGGCCUUAAGGACUAACGCCACUAAUCUAAUCUACUUUUAUGUAACCCAAGAGUCGUAACAUAUUGGCCUACUUCUUUAUGGACUUAAAAACAAAAAUGUUCAAAGUCACAAUUUAAACUGAUCAAAAUCCUGAUUUCAAACUCCUACACUUUGUCCAACUUAAAUAGAUAAAUUGAUUGGCAAUGUUUCAGUACUGAAAAAUAUUGCUUGUUAGUUCAUUACAAUACAGUGUUAUGCACCUGUCUUAUAAAAUUGAUAUGCAGCAUCUUUAUUUACAAUUUAUAGAGCAUAAAAUAUGCUACAUGUAAAUGUCAAGAAAACAAAAAAAAGCAAUAAUCGUAGUGUUAACAAACAAGGCAAAUAGCCAAUGAUAGUUUAGGAUUUUUUUUGGUGGCACCUAGGGUGGCCAAUCAGAUUUCGGGGGGGGGGGGGGGGGGGGGCAAUGCCACCCCUGGCUCACCCUUCUAGACACGUCCCUGGGCACAGCUAAAGAAUUAGAACAAGGAUGUUGUCACUCUUCCUUUUCCGUGGAUUUCCUUGGUAAUCAGGGGCUGAGGGCCAGUUGUAGAACCUAAGUUGAAAUUUAGAGUUCAAACUAGUCUCAAGGAUGCAAAAAAACCAGCAACAUUGAUAUGCAUAGCACAACCAGUCCUCUGUCAAAAGGAAUUUUGAGAUUACGUGGAUUCCUGGGUAAAACAUUUGAGUUGUUAGAUGGUGACCACAACAACACUCUGUUAGUCUAUUCUACAUUAUCACACAAGUUCCCACAUAUUGAAUGCCUAGAACAGUUAACCUGAUAUUUCUUGCAGACAGAGCCCAAUUGUUGCAUGAUUACUUGGGAUAUAGAAGUAGAGAUAAUAACUUUUAUGUCAGAAAAGUCGGAACAUUAAUUGUGCAAAACCAGAUAUGAGUUAAACUUUUGAAACUUGUCCUUUAAAGGUCAUGUAUUAUGCAAAAUACACUUCACAAUGUUUCUCUAACAUUAAUAUGUGUCUCUAGUCUGUCUACAAACCCCCCAAUUAUGAGAAAAGUCUAUCCUCUCCAUCUUUUGCCUGCUCCACUGUUCAGAAAAUGUGUGCUCAAACAGGCCGUUUGGAGAUUUUCCCUUUGUGACAUCACAAAGGGCAGUAACCCCUCCCCCAGGUGGGUGACACUCCCACAGCUAGGUGUUUGUUCUGCCCUCUGAGUCUGCCUUCUCACCAUAAACAAUAGGGCAUAGAGCGAGAAAGCCACCCAAGUCCUUCCAGACAGGGGGCAUGGUCAGACACAGCUCAUUUACAUAUUUAAAGGUACAGACACAGAAACAGCCUGUUCUGAGCAGGGCUGAAAUAGAGGGGUUUAUAGGCAUGAUCAAAUACAGGAUCAGAGUGGACUUAGAACAACAAACUUCACAGACAUGUUUUGGGGAGCUCUGAGAGUUAUUUUAACUAGUUUAAAAGGAGGAUAAUAUGUGACCUUUAAAAACUGUCUUCACAAAUGUCCCCGUUUUAUAUGAAGUAAUUUAUCUGACAGGAAAUGUCGCCAAAACUACAAGACAGGGAAAAUAAAAAGACAUAAAGGGAAACUACAGAUUUCUCAAAGAUUCCCCCCUUUUGGACAAACCUAUACAAACAACUUGAUGGAUAAAGUGAACUGCUUGUC